AGUGCCAUUGAAACCUCAUUCUUAAGCAUUAAAAACGUAUCAAAUUGAAUCAAACACGUUGCAAGAGCGAUCAAAAUUACAUGAUAAAAAUUCUUAUCAUAAAAUUUUAAACGAGCCAAUUUUACUGCAUAGCUUUUAUCUUCAACGUUAAAUUAUAUGGGUAAAUCAAACAGCAAGUUGAAACGAAAAGAACUCAGAUCAAUCAGUCAAAAGACAAGUUUCACGACGAAAGAGAUUAAUGCGUGGUACAAGGUGUUUUCAAAAGAAUUUCCAACUGGAAAAAUUAGCCCGAAAGAAUUCAGCGUGAAGUACAAUCAAGGAAAAAGAAAUAAGGACAAGUUUGCAAUGUAUUUGUUCAGAGCAGUCGACUUGAAUGGAGACGGUGUCUUAGACUUCCGUGAAUUCAUAGCUGCUCUGAGCGUAACAUCGAGAGGUUCUUUUGAGGAGAAAGUAAAGUUCAUGUUUGACAUCUACGACAUAGACGGAGACGGAUUCAUCACAAGAGACGAAAUGCUCGCAAUUAUGCGGGCAGUUGAUUUAAUGGGUGACGACGUCGAUUACGCGGAAGACGAAUCCACUCCUGAAUUGCGAGUAGACAAGAUAUUUCAGCAAAUUGACUUCAACGGAGAUGGCAAACUAGAACCCCAAGAAAUGGUUGAAGGAAUUAAAAUGUACCCUUCCAUCGCCAAAUUACUGGCAGCUUAUGAGUGUUGAAUUUUGCGAGUUUAAACUCGAGCGUUUAAAAAUUUGUAAAUUUUUGUCUAGAUUUGUUUAGCUUUAGAACUCGAGUAGGCUGUAUGAACAAAAGCUUUUUGCAACAAUUUGCAAUAUUACUGAUGUUUUUGUUUCGAUCUUUGGCGGAAGAAAGUGAAGAAUUUAUAUGUGAUAAGGUAAUAUUUCAAAAUCAGCCUAAGUUAUUGCGACUUGGACUAAUCAAUCAACAGCCUGUCAAGUCAUGAUAUGCCAAAACUGAGU